AUGACUUUCAGAAAGGACAAGCAAGUUGUUAAAUAUAAAACAUCUAUGAAUACAACUGCGGCAUCUUUUGAUGCUGAAGUUCAGUCAAAAGCUAAGGUAUCACUUUUACCCUGUUAUAGAUCUCAGCUGCCCAUAUCAAAAGCAAAAUAUGAUGGUCUAGUCAAACUUUGUACUGAUAAAGUCAUUCCUAAUUGCUUCAAACAUGAAUUUGUAAACAUUCCACGUGCAACAAACGUCAAAGAUUGUCUACCUGAAUCAGAUAUUGAAGAUUAA